AACAAUCAUUUUAUUUCCUUUUGGACUUUUAAUACUGCUGGUUUUAUUUCAUAACAUUCAUUAUAAAGCACUAUGAAUUCUCUACAAAUCCAUUUAAAUGUGUUGCUGGAAAGAAUUUUUAUUCAAAUCAUUUUUCUUUCUCAGUGGUUCUGCGUUGCUUUGCUGCCUGAGGAAUCCUUCCCUGCUGCUCUUUAAACAGAAAAGCUUUCAGGUAAGAGAGUAAGGAUCAUUACAGAUAAUGGUGUAAAGGGUAAUGAAGGCAAACGGCAGUGAAAUCUCUCCAGUAUAUAUCCUACUUGCUGUGCUGAGCGGGGCUCUGCUGCUCCGGUGGAUCAGUGGAGAGGUAGUUAGUGAAUGUUUCUUUGCACAGUGAUUAAGGGGGAGGACCAAUGGCAACAAAGGAGACAGAGAGGACGGUAGCUCCUCCUCUCUCUCUAUCUCGCUAUCUCUCUCCCUCUCUCUCUCUCGCUCGCUCUCUCCGUGCUUUAUAGAUGUAUAUAAUCCCCGAGUUGACCCAGAAAACAAACUCCUCUGACUGCCGAGACGCCGCAGAGUUUGAAUCCGCUGCAGGGCUGCUUGUAGCCGGAGCAUCAGCUGGAGAAAAAAGACCCGGCGCCGAUCCAACUUCUCCGUACGGAUUUCACGUUAUUACAUCGGGGUGACAAGAGCAGCCAUGGCUGAACACAUGAUGAUGCCCAUGACCCACGGCUUCAGGAUGGGCAUGAACGGACCUCCGCAGCACAAUGGCCAGCCGGGCAUGCGCAGCCUGCCCAACGGUCAGGUGAUGCACUAUGGCAGGAAUCCUCAGAGCAACAUGGAGGCGGCCAUGAGACAGAGGUCGGGUAUGGUGGGGCCUGGAGGGAUGGCAGGCCCUGUGAACGGAGCUCCGAUGGCCAACCAUCACCAUCAGAUGAUGUCUGGGAACAUGAUGUACAACAACCAGGGCCCCCAGCAGCAGCACCACCACAUGCACCCUCAGCAGCAGCAGCAGCAGCAACAGCAGCAGCAGCAGCAGCAGCAGGGUGGACACCCACAGCAGUACCUCACCUCCCAGCAGCUCAUGGCCAGCAUGCACCUGCAGAAACUCAACACUCAGUAUCACGGACAUCCGCUCAGCACGGCCAAUGGCCACCACCUGCCCAAUGGUGCUCAAUACCGGAUGGGUCCAGCCCAGCUUUCAGGUAUGCAGCACAUAGCCGCCCCUUUGGGGCUAAACGGCAUGGACAUGGAUCUGAUCGAUGAGGAGGUUCUGACUUCACUGGUGCUGGAGUUUGGGUUGGACCGUGUUCAGGAGCUGCCAGAGCUCUUCCUUGGACAGAAUGAGUUUGACUUUAUAUCAGACUUUGUGUGCAAACAGCAGCCGAGCACGGUGAGCUGUUGAACAAAGCGGCUGGAUGCUGGUUGGUCUGUUUGGACUGGACACCCCAAAGAAUGACUGAGUGGCCACAGUAGCACAGCAAGAGGAGACAAUCUCUCUGUUCUGUUUGGGUGUUUCUGUGUCUGUGUAUUUGACAGUGUCUAGUAAGACUUCACACUGACCCUGCCUGUGAGUUGAUGAAGAAUUGUAAUGCGAAUAAAACGCACCAAAAGCACCAAGUUUCUCCUCUUUGAGCCGGUGCCAGUAAGAUCUGUGGUCUUUGGCCAAAUUGAGGCAUUGUGAUGCAGCGGACUCUGUCUGUACCCAUCUGGCCCUCAGCACAUGUGCCUGCGGUGCCAAGGCUUUGGGAUAAUUGUAAACUUAACACACACAACGGGGGAAGGCGACCUGAAAAGACUGUCCAUCUGGGUCUGCUAGAUUCUGUGGCAUCUCUAAAUGUAUUUUAUCUCUGAUGACACCUUCAAUUAGACUAGUAGCAGAUGUUUUACAAAUUUAUAAAUGGCUGUCCUCUGAAUUUGUUUAUACAAGGAUGAAGGGAUUAAGAGGAGGUUUUUUUUUUCCCAGCAAUUUAUGUGCAUAUUGAAGGCUGGCUCUUCAAAACCAAGAAGGUUCCUACAAGUAGUUCACACAUUUCCUUCAAGGGCAAGGGAGUGAGGUUGCACAGCAUUCCUGACUGACAGGGUUUAUUCGGGAUUGGCUGGUUGAAAUGUGCUACAUUGAUUAUUUAGCUUUCAGUGUCAUUUACCUGACUCUGAUCAAAUCAGCUAUCAUUAAAUGUAUUGCAUCUGUUCCCUGCUAAUUAACUGUGUCUGAAUCACUGGCAAAGUAGCACAUUGCUUGGAGUGUUGGCUUAAAAUAAGCAUUCAUCUGUAGAAAAUGGCUCUGCAGUCUCACUGCUCUGAGUCGAACAUUUAGGUGCUCAUUGCAAGCAAAUCCUGGGUUACUGCUUAAUAGAAUAGCAAGAAGAGUUAGAGAGGGAGGAAGCUAAUUAGUAUGAGAAACUGUGGCCUGUUGCAAGACUCACGAGAAGCCAAACAUAAAAAAAAAAGCAGCCAGUGCUAUCAGGAGCUGUUUGGUCACAGACCUGAUUUUUUUUUUUUUUCUAAAAGCGGGAUUGGUUUAAAAAAAAAAAAAAAAAAAAAAAAAAAAAAAAAAAAAGAAGUGCGUGAUUGCGGAAUUUACAUCUGUGUGUUAUUUGUGUACAUCUGUGUGUGGUCAGCGCAGUGAGGCAUUUAAAACCCAUCAAAUGGCGGUGUCCUCCCUAAACCAUGGACCGGUGUGCUGAAGCUGAUUGGAGGCUGGGCGGGGAGAGGGGAGAGAGUGCUGUGUCCACACAAUGUGGACACAGCACUCCCCGGCAGCACUUAGUUUAAUCAUUAUUUAAAGCUGCCGCUACCUGUGGCAUUGAUUUCACUAGGCGGGAAGAGCGAGCGAAGACCACAAAGCGUGCAAAGUUGUUGUUUUUUUUUGCCAUAGAUUAGCUUACUCUGCUGCUUUUCUACUGAUUAGAUUUAAAUUACAUGUUCUCACACGCUUGUCUUAAUUGAGGUCGGCUUGCACAUUCUCCAAUGACUCAAUAAUUAUAAAACGGACAUGUUCUGUGGCGCUUUUUUCUUCUUUUUUUUUUUUCCUAGCACAGUAGGUAAUUAGGUUUUUGUCAAGGUUGCUGCUUUGCCGCUGCAGGCCGGUUGAGGGAGAACUUCCUGCACUCGUAAUGCUAUUUGUGGAGCUGUCAGAGAGGUCAGGGCUGCGCUGGUGCACUGUGUUAAUCUGUUCCAAUACAACUGUGCUGUCCCUGUCUCUCUGGAGAUCUGCCAUCUCCAAGCUCUCCAGUAAAAUAAUGGGCAUUGAAACAUUGCUGUAAAGUGGCACUUUCUGCCUGGCGAACUGCAGUCAGACAAACUCGUGACCUCACAUGAUACAUUGACAUGAUAAGAUGGAAAUACUUCUGGCCUUAGCGACAGUGGCCUGCGAUUACUGCUAUAUCAAAAAAAAAGCGCCGCCUUCAUGUGUAUUGUAUCUUUGUACUGUAGACUAGAGGUGAAGUUGAUCUAGACACAUUUAAGGUACUUUCGAAAAAAACAUUGUCAGAUGUAAAUGUAAAAUCAGUGGCCGAUUUCAAUGUGUUGACAAGAGAUUAUAUCCUACAUUUUUACAAAACGAGUGUGUAGAUACAGUCCGAGUAUACCAGUUGUUUGGGUGCGUGGCCUGAAGCUUUAAGACCAAGUAGACUGCAUGUUAAAGCGAACGUGAGGGAUGCCACCACUUUUCCCACAAAGCAGCUGAGAAUGUACAGUACAAAACUUUGUGGGAACUCAUCUUAAGAUGGUAGAUAAACGUGUGAGAUUGUACUCCUUGUUCCAAAUUACACAUAAUUCAUUUGGGUAACCCCCCCCCCCCCUCCUCCUCCUCCUUUCCCAUUUCCCCAAAGCUUUUGUAAUGUUAUUGAUUCUAUUUUAAGAAAAUGUAUUUAUUUUCAAAUAAAAUAUUUAUUUAAAGAAAAUGGGGUUUUUUUGUAUGUCAGUGAUUCUUUUAAC